UAUGAAUUGGCAAAUUGCCUCCAAAUCCAGCCGAGUACAAAGCAUGGCUUCUCGCAAGACCCUGAGGGAUUUCUUACAACCCGCCAAACGUCUAAAGCCGUCCUCUCCUUCCGAUCCUUCAAAACCCCUAAAUCUGCAUAUUUCCACUACUGCCUGCAAAUCGAUUACUGAUUCUUCCUCCUCUAACCUCACUACCCACCAGAGAUCUCGCAUUGAGUUCAACAAACUCCGUGCCAAGUCCAAGCGAAAUCUCAAUCUCUGUUCCCAAUUAGUUUCCAAGUCCAAAGCUGAAGGUGUGGGCUAUGUGAAAUUGGAGGAGCUGUUGGUGGAGGAGACCUGGUCGAAAGCUCUUCCCGGGGAAUUGCAGAAGCCUUAUGCUAGGAAUCUCUGCAAAUUUCUUGAGAACGAGAUUUGUAGUGGCAGUGUGCCCAUAUAUCCUCCUCAACACAUGAUCUUCAAUGCUCUUAAUUCCACCCCUUUUGAUAGAGUGAAGGCUGUUAUCAUUGGACAGGAUCCUUAUCAUGGCCCUGGUCAAGCAAUGGGUCUUUCCUUCUCUGUUCCUGAAGGAGUGAAGAUUCCUUCAAGUCUUGUUAACAUAUUUAAGGAACUGGAGAAAGAUCUUGGCUGUUCCAUUCCAUCUCAUGGUAAUCUAGAACCUUGGGCCAUUCAGGGUGUACUGAUGCUGAAUGCUGUUCUUACAGUUAGGAGUCAUCAAGCAAACUCCCAUGCUAAAAAAGGAUGGGAACAAUUCACAGAUUCUGUUAUCAAAACAAUUUCACAAAAGAAGGAAGGAGUUGUUUUUCUCCUUUGGGGAAACUUUGCACAAGAGAAAUCGAGGUUAAUUGACGGGACAAAGCAUUACAUUCUGAAGGCAGCGCAUCCUUCUGGUUUAUCUGCAAACAGAGGCUUUUUUGGUUGCAGGCAUUUUUCUCAGACGAACAAGCUUUUGGAGAAAAUGGGAAUUCCUCCAAUAGAUUGGCAACUUUGAUGUUUUGGCAAUUAGCUACUCACUGGUCUUCUAUCAUUUUGGUUCAUGCACAGAUUUUCUGGCCUCUGAUGUAGAUUUCUACAUGGUUUUGCUAAAUUUGUAUCAUCCUUAUUGAUUGUUGCAGACUGGAACCUUGACCUGUAUUUUUCUGUACUUGUCUUUUGCUAAGAUCCCUCGUUUCUGCUAAUGAAGAAAAGGCACCCUUUUCAGUAUUUGAUCCAAA